GGUAAUGUGAAAUAUAUAUAAAAAAUAAAAAUGAAGAGAACUUGAUGACGGCGACCGCUAGACGUGAGAAAGAGAGAGCAGACGACCUUGUGACGGUUGAAUCGUUGUAACUUGACCCGAUUUCCAUUUAUUAGAUCAAAAUCCCAAUUAUAUCUAGGGUUUCAUAUUUCAGUUUCAGUUUCAAUUUUAAUUUGAUUGUUGAUGCAAGUAUAUCUCGAUUCUUGAUUUCAUAGAAAUGAGCAGCUAGGGUUUCGUACUGAGUUAUGGCAGAGACCUCGAGGUCGCGAGUGACAAUCACCUUAGGUCGCAGUGGACAGGUGGUGAAAAGGGUAGUGGAUAGCGUACCACUUCCUCCGGCUGUUGGGACUAAACGUUCUGUUAGAGAUAGAUUAGGAGAUACAGUGGACCUUCAUAAUAAACGGUCGCGUGGAGAUAAUGAUACAUGGAACUUGAAGGCUAGUAAUUCCGUGGAUGAUCUUCAUCUUCGUAAAGAUGAUCUACGAUUCAAAAUCAUGAAACAAAAGCAAAUCAACAAACAUCAGAACAUGGUGGACCUUCGUGAUAUGCUGUCAAGGUCAGCCCGUCCUUCAACUGCUAAGCCUGUUACCUCCUAUAGCAUGCAUGAAACUAGAGAUGGAAGACAGAGGGUACCCGACCCAAGGCAUAUGCCUGAACCAAGACAUGAGAGGCAGAGCGUUCCCGAGCCAAGGGGUGAUAGACCUCGUGGGCCCGUGUCUAGGGAUGAUAGACCUCGUGGGCUCAUGUCUAGGGACGAUAGACAGAGGAUGGCUGAACCAUUGGAUGGUAGACAAGGCAUGCCUGAGCCACGUGAGGUUAGAAAUCGAGUACCCAAGCUAAAUGAUGUCAGACCACACGUAGCAGAACGGCCCAUCGGUACCAUGACAGGUCAAUACGCUUCCCUGAGACCUUCAGAAGGUCCUCCCCGUACGGGCUUUUCAGGAGAUUCCCCGUGGACUUUGGAUCAUAUUAGGCGUAAAUCACCAGAUAGGGUUUCGAAUACUAGAGGUUUAUCACCCCAGAGAAGGCGGGCAUUUGAAGAUUCUAGACCAGUGGCGUAUGGCACUCGGGAUGUUAGUGAUAAUUCAAGGCCUGCGCCCCCCGCAUCGUUUCUGACAAAACAACCCCUCUCAAUGAAAUCUGUGGGGGCUACGCCUUUGGUUGCCCCUGGUGGCAAUAUGCAAAGAAGUCAAUAUCCAGCAGAACAUCUUACUGUGGAAGGAUUUUUGCGCUCAUUGGGAUUGGAGAAGUAUCUGAUUUCGUUCAAGGUUGAGGAGGUUGAUAUGUCUGCUUUGAGCCAAAUGGGGGACCAAGAUCUCAAAGAGUUAGGAAUACCUAUGGGACCUAGGAAAAAGAUACUUCUGGCUCUGCUUGCACGCAGCGGAAGGCAAGCAAGAUGAGUUGUCUGAUUAUACUAUACUUGACUCGACACCAAAUUUCAGUAUUGGGAGUUUCUGGUAUGAUUAAUCACCUUUUUAUUUGUUUGCAACCGACAAUGGAUGUGUAUUUUGUUGCAUUAGUUUCUGUGGGUUGUAUUCUGGCAAGGAAGGACUGGUCCCCAUCAGAAGUUUAUUUCAAGAAAUGAUUUUGGUUUAUUGUUUGUGUUGCUGGAAUAUUGUUUUUCAGUGAUAACCUUUACCUAAACUCAAAUGAAAUAAUAAUUGAACUAUAAAAUAUCAA